GGCGUCCCCUUAAUUUCCGGCCGUCCCUUCUCCCCCUCCGCAGGGUAUUCGGGCUGGCCAUCGUCUCCACGUCGCUGCUCAACAUGCUGCUGCCUUCCGCCGCACGCACGCACGUGGGCUGCGUCAUCGCCGUGCGCGUCAUGCAGGGCCUGGUGGAGGGGGUGACGUACCCGGCGUGCCACGGCAUCUGGAGCAAAUGGGCGCCGCCCCUGGAGAGGAGCCGCCUCGCAACAACGGCUUUCUGCGGUGGGCGGGGCCGGAAGGGGCGGGGCAAAGCAAAAGGCUGGGCUUCUUGCGGGAGGGCUGAUAUAGAGGGUUGUACGAGGGGGGCGGGGCCAGGAGAGGGGGCGGGGCCUCAAGGGGGCGGGGUUUGUGUGGGUGUGGAAUGGGGAGGGGUCUGAAGGGGCGGGGGUUAAGAGGCCGGAAGUAGGCGUGGUUUAAAGGGGGCGUGGUCUGGUCGAGCCUGAUGGGGCGUGGCUGGGGAAGGGGCGGGGCCUGGGGGUGUGCGGUUGAUUGGGCGGGGUCGAAGUGUGGGCAGGGCAUUGCAGAGAGCACAGCCAAUGGGAAGCGUGAGUUAGGCAGGAGGCGUGGUCUGGGCGGGGCCUGGAAGGGCAGCGGUGCAGUUGAUUGGGUGUGUCCUUUGGUGGGCGUGGCUUAGUGGGACCUCACGUUUAGUCCUGGGGUGGGGUUAUGGGGCAAAGUGGGGAGUUAUGGGGCUGGGGGGUGGCUAUGGGG